AUGCCAUCAGCAGUGAAAGUAAAGUCGGUAGGAUCUUUGCCCUGGGCGACGGGGACGCAUGCCGCCUCCGCGCAUAGCGGUGCCCAGGAUCAGGGUUCCCUUGUCCCUGGGAAGAGUGGCAUUCCCGUCUCCCCGGUCAGCGAUCCAGCUGAGGAAGCAUCUGUGGAUCAGGAUGAAACCUUGGGCGAUGCCUUCUGCCAGACAGUCGGGCGCAGCUCCAGGUUUUUCAUACCAGAUGGGAACUUGCGGAUAAUUGUAGCAGACACGGAAUAUCAGGUUCAUCGCUACUUUUUCUUGCGAGAUUCCGAUUUCUUCAGGCGCCUCGUAUGCAAACAGUGCUCGUCGCAUGCCAUUCCGGUUAUCUGUCUGUUCGACAUCAACUGCAACGAAUUCGACCUUUUCUUGGAUAUCUUUUACCGGAGUGAUUACAUUAAGUACAUGGCGGAAACCUUGGCAGACUGGACCGCCAUACUCCGCCUCUCCACGACCUGGGGAUUCAGGUCCAUCCGUGAGCUCGCCAUACGCGAGUGUUUUCCGCUUGCGCUUCCGGUGGACAGGAUCGCGUUAGGGCGCCGGUACAAUAUCCCAGGCUGGCUUAAGGAUGCCUACGUAGCCAUAUGUCAGCGAGACGAGCCGCUGACGCUGCAGGAGGCGGAACAGCUUGAGUUGGACGACGUGAUAGCCAUUUCCGAGAGACGGCAGCGUAUAAGAGAUGCGAGGGUGGUUGUCCCUGGAGAGACAGUGGUUUCCACAGUCGUCAGCGCAUUUUCAUCCCGGUUCCCCGCCGAAGAAAGCGAUGUGCCCGCUAAUCCUGCCCCGUUGACACCCGUUCCAAGGGAGGACACCGCGGAUGAUACACAGAACACAGUCACGACGAAGGGGAACUUGAAGAAACGAGGUAAUCGGUAA